UCACUGCAGGUACCUAUUACCUACCUAUAUAAAAAGCGUACACUGCGUCGCGGCGCCGCGUCGCUCAAUACGCGCGGCGCGCGCGUCCCGUACGCCCCGCGCGGCACUCGCGCACCCACCCCCGGCGAACACACCCUUAACUAACACGGCACGAGUAUAAUUCAAUUACACUUAGUGUGCUUCCAAAUUAAAGUGAAAUCGAUUAACUCGUCUAAAAUACUCAGAUACCAGUAUACAAAAAUUACAAAAACGUGUUUAAUAUUUUGAAAAAAAAAACUUUUUUAUUACAAAAAAUACUUAUUGUUACUUGUUCCGACUUCUUAAUUAAUGUGAAAUCAAUAGCUAGUGCGCUAGAAUUUAUACGAAAGUAUUAUUAGUUACAAAUGAGGCUGAGGGAGAAUGAUAUUUUGAAAAAAAGUUAUGUGAUUUACUGAAAAUAUUCUUAUUAAAUGGGUGUGCGAGUUUUAUUAAAAUGUGCUUGCUCUAAAGUGUUACCUAUUAAAUUAGCGUAAUUAAUAAAUUCUGUAACUUACCUACCUAAUUAAAACUUAAUCAAAUAAAAUUCUGUGUAAGCUCAGACGGAAAGAAAGCAGUAGGUCCACGAUAAACAGAAAUCCUGUCACUUCUGUUUUCCUUAUUUUUAAGAAACUUCCAAAAAAAGGCUCCAUUCGGCGAGUACUUAUUCCAUUUAGCCAAUAAGGCUUCAAAGCAAGACCGUAGUGGUAGUGUAACACAAUGAACGAAAUCGACUUGAUAAAGGAGGUGGAAAACCGGCCGAUUUUGUACGAUAAAACCGUCAGUGGUUUUAAUAAGACAAAGCUCCGAGACGAUGCGUGGAAGGAAGUGCAAGAUGCCCUUAAUGUGUCUGAGGCGGAAUGCAAGAAGCGUUGGCGAUCCCUGCGGGACUCUUUCAUCAAGCUGCAAAGGACGCACGGCGGGCGGACCAGGUGGCCCUACCUCACUGCCAUGCGAUUCCUGUUGCCCCACAUCGAACCAAAGAACGAGGCCCCAGUAAAAAGAGAAACAUCAGAUUCUGAGCCCGAGGAGGAGCCACCAAAACACCGUCCCGGCUACUCGCUCCCAGAUCUCUCCUUCCCCGACUUCCGCGCAGAAGAAGAAGAAGACUCCCAACCGGCCAAGAAGAUGCGGCUCAACUCCACAGAAGAGCAGGACCCUUGCCAGUGCAAUAGAACAGACCCUGAUGAGUUAUUCCUUCUAAGCUGUGCUCCCACCUUGAAACGGUUAAACCCUAAACAGAACGCUGUAGCACGGUUGAAAAUCCAGCAAGUGUUAUAUGAAGCAGAGUUCGGGAGUCAGAUGGAACUGCCAUAUGUAACGCCGGCUAGCGAUUGUGGAUAUGAGAAUACCGAUGGCUCUAUGUAAUUUUUGGGGGGUAAAUAAAUAAUUAUUUCUAAGGACCGCCAUAUUUGUAACAGUCUCCCAAAAGGCUUGAAAGAGUAGUUAAUUGCCUUUUUAACAAAAGCAAAAUGUGACGAGCCAAUUAAGAUAAAAUGGGCUAUAAAG